AAAAAAAAGAGACAUACUGUCCAAAAUGGAAUGCAGGAUUGCCCGUGAAAACACAAACUUGUAAAUCUUCACCAAGUCAAAAUAAACAGGUUACGCUUUUGACUGGAUUAUAUCAACUUCAUGAUUCCGCGCAACCAACAGAAGAGGAAGGAAUGCGAGUUCUCUCAAGUUCGAGUCUUUCUAGUGUUGGUUUUGUUCCGAGGCUCCAUUUCUAUCAGGCACAAAGGGGGCGGGAUGGGAUAUUCAGAUGAGCCGGAGUGACAGCUCCAGUUUCCCCCAAUGCUGUGUGUGUGUAUGUGUGCGUGUGUGUGUGAGUGUGUGUGUCUGAAACUCAACUGCUUCCCUUCCCUCCCAACUCCUCACUUCAUAGUGCCGCGCACUAAAAACAUCGGACGCUAGGGGAUCAAGACGCAUGCCACAUUACCUCUAUGUGGCCACUUUAACAGAUCUUUCGGGGGGCUUUUUUUCCCAGUAAGGGGGCUGCGGAGGGAGGCCCUUUUUAUUUUUUUACUGUUCGAUGACUGUUUGCACGGCUGACUGUUGAGUUGAUUGUUUAUAUUUAAUCCCUUGUUGUCCGCCGCCUUGUGCGUUUUUUUUUCUGUUUUUUUUUUUUUCCUUUUCUUUUCUUUUGGUUUGAAAACGGCGACCUAUUACGCGCCCGCCAAUGUCCUAUCCUCAGGGUUACCUCUACCAGCCCCCGGGCUCUCUGGCUCUUUAUUCGUGUCCGGCUUACGGGGCCUCGGCUCUGGCUGCUCCGCGGAAUGACGAGUUGGCGAGGUCGUCCUCUGGCUCAGCCUUCAGCCCGUACCCCGGCUCGGCUGCUUUCUCCGCCUCGGCUGCUGGCGCAGGCUUCUCCAGUCCACUGCCAUACACCGCGGAUCCUUCCACGGGAUUCCCACCUUACAUGACGUCUCCAUACGACGCGCACACGACGGGGAUGGCCGGAGCGCUCAGUUACCCCGCGGCGUACGGGAGUCCGGGUUACCCGUUCCAGCUCAACGACCCGGCUUACCGCAAAAACGCCACCAGGGACGCCACGGCCACCCUGAAGGCCUGGCUGCAAGAGCACAGGAAGAACCCCUAUCCGACCAAGGGGGAGAAGAUCAUGCUGGCCAUCAUCACCAAGAUGACCCUGACGCAGGUCUCCACCUGGUUCGCCAACGCCAGGAGGAGGCUGAAGAAGGAGAACAAGAUGACGUGGGCGCCCAGGAGCAAGAGCGAGGACGAGGAAGAGGAGGACGCGGACGGAGAGAGGAAGGAGGAGGCGGAGCGCUCCGACAAAACCCUGGACAACAGCGAGGCUUCGGCGGAGGAUGAAGGUGGGGUAGAAUCUAAUGAGCAAAUAAACAUUUCAGGCACUAACAAUCCC